AUGGCAACGCCACAGCCGGCUACUUCAAUUCCAGCCGGGCCACGACCCCCACGUUCUUCCAGGCCAUAUAGACGCAGAGGGCGGGGUUCUGCGAAGCGUGAUGGUGAACAACAAGCGCCUGCGGGUGAAGCCCAAAACCAGGCCGCGCCGCAAGCACAGCCUACACACUCUCAGCCACAACCGAACACAGCAACCCAAUCUAGCCAACAGGAUGGACCGACUGGCUCGCGGAAAGGGGGAAACAGAGAAGGAAGAGGCCGGAGACAAAGAAACAAUGGACCUCCCCGGGCGGGACAGGGUCAGGAUGGAGGACUCGAAAGUCAAACGACACGACCAGAGGCGCGAACCCGUGGAAUGAGAGCGCGUGGCUUCGAAGCCCAGUUAACAAGACCUGACCAGGCCGAAAAUAUUCCUGCAUUGGAUGGUGCGGGGCAUUUACAUGACCACUCACUAAGACCCGACGUGCCGGAUUUUGUACCAGGCAUACCAGCAUUCCAAAAUGGACCACCAUCUGAAUCAGCACCGUCGUCGAAAGGAAAAGGGAAAGCUAGACAGCCUAGGGCACCGCCACCACCUAAAGCGAAGUCCACAGCCGACGACCUAGCUACCCGUAUCCACGAAGAUAUUGCACAUAACCUGUACGAAUGCCCUAUCUGUUGCAGCGAGCUGGGUCGCAGGUCAAAGGUCUGGUCUUGCGAGCUAUGUUGGACGGUUUUCCAUCUAAGUUGUGUCAAGAAAUGGUCCACGAAUGAGGGUGCAGCUGCACAGAGGGCUUCUGCUCGAGAAGAUGGGCAAGAAGACCUCACUCCUCGUGCGUGGCGUUGCCCCGGUUGUAACCUUUCUCAACAAAACUUCCCCACGAGCUAUUCUUGCUGGUGUGAGAAAGAAGUCGACCCUAGGCCGCUUCCCGGUUUGCCACCGCACUCGUGUGGUCAAACUUGCUCGCGACCUCGCAAGAAUUGUCCCCAUCCUUGUGACGCGACUUGUCAUGCUGGUCCUUGCACACCUUGCACUGCUAUGGGUCCGGUACAAGAUUGUUUCUGUGGCCUGAAUUCGUCGCAGAAGCGUUGUCAGGAUACUGAUUAUGAGAAUGGAUGGAGCUGUGGUGAGAUCUGUGGUGAGUUGCUGCCGUGCGGAGAACAUACAUGUCCGCUGCCGUGUCAUGAAGGAUUGUGUGGUGGCUGUGAGGCUAGCAUUGACGCACGUUGCUACUGCGGAAAACUGCAGACGACGAUGCUGUGUAAGUCUAAAGACGACGAGAAGGAAAGUCGAAUCAUCCGCGAGGAUGGCACAGAGGAUGAGUGGACCGGUUGCUUUGGUUGUGGGGAGACUUGCAAUCGUCCAUUUGAUUGUGGCAUACAUUCAUGUCAGAAGACAUGCCACCCGCAAGAUCCUCAUCCUGCACACUGUCCGCAGUCACCAGACGUCAUUGUCAAUUGCGCCUGUGGCAAGACACCAUUAUCUGAGAUUCCAGGAUACACACCUCGUACCUCCUGCGAGGACCCUAUCUUGAAUUGUCAAAAGCCUUGCGGGAAGACACUGCCAUGCGGUCAUACUUGCGAGAAGCUCUGUCACGUUGGAUCCUGUGGCGCCUGUUUGCGCAAUGUUUAUAUCAAGUGCAACUGCGGUCGCACUAACAACCUGACAAUCUGCCACCAAGGCCACAAUGAGCCUCCCCAAUGCCCACGCAUGUGCAAGGCGACUCUACACUGCGGUCGACACACAUGUACUGAAAGGUGUUGUCCGGGAGAGCAAAGGGCCAACGAGCGCCAGGCUGCGCGUCGUAAACUCAGGCCCCAUCUCCGUCCCGCGGAAGAGGACAUCGAGGCAGAGCACAUCUGCACUCGCAUAUGUGGCCGGAUGCUGAAAUGCGGAAGGCACACAUGUCCAGAGCUUUGUCACAAGGGUGCUUGCAAUACCUGCAGAGAGGCAGUGUUUGAAGAGAUCUCGUGUAAUUGCGGAAGAUCUGUUCUGUAUCCACCGCAGCCGUGUGGUGCAAAGCCACCCGCUUGCAGCUUCCCCUGUCAGCGUCCAAAGAGAUGCGGUCAUCCUCAAACCGCACAUACCUGCCACACCGACGAGGAGAGCUGCCCCAAGUGUCCAUUCUUGACUGAGAAGGCGUGUCUGUGCGGAAAGCGGGUGUUGAAAAACGUUCCCUGCUGGCUGACAGAUGCGCGCUGCGGUCAAGUAUGCGGACAGCUACUCAAGUGUGGCUCUCAUCACUGCCGGAAGGACUGCCAUCGCCCAGGAGAUUGCGAAGAUGCAAACAAACCUUGCAGCCAGCCCUGUGGAAAGAACAAGACAAUCUGUGGCCAUCCUUGCACAGAGCAAUGCCACGCCCCAUACGCAUGUCCCGAGAAGACACCAUGUUCUUCCAAGAUUGCAGUGACAUGUGACUGUGGAAGACUGCGGCAAGAAAGACGCUGCAACGCCGCCAAGGCUGUGACCUCCAAGGGCCAGGUGCAAUCACCCCAGCGCCAGCCAGAGCUCACCCCGUUGACUUGUGACGACGAAUGCGCGCGUCUAGAGCGAAAUCGCACCUUGGCGGGUGCUCUCGGCAUCGACAUCAACCAGACAACCACGCUUCAGACCAUCACAGCCGAGAACCUCCCCUACUCGGAGGAGACUCUGAACCAAUAUGUCCAGCUCGCAUGCUCAGUGCCUCUAUCCACCCUCCAAACCUAUGAAUCCAACCUCCACGCCCUGGCAACAGCAGACAAAACCACCCGCUCAUUCCGCUUCCAGCCGGCGAAAUCCACUCUCCGCGCAUUCGCGCACUCCCUCGCCGCAGACUGGGGCUUUGUGACAGAAAGCCACGACCCGGAACCCCAUCGUCACGUGUUCGUCUUGAAACCGGUAGCAUGGACCGCUCCUCUCUUUGGCAUGGGUAGCGGCUCGACCAUCGGUAUUGGCGGCAUGAGUGUUCGUGAGUGCGUUAAGCUCCGUGAGCGCGAACGCAGCAAGGAACAAGAAGCGCGUCGUGUCGCCGCUCUUGAAGCUAAGGCCACCCGUGACGCCGCCAAGUUACAGGCUAGUAGCGGUGGAGACGGUGGGUGGGCUCAGGUCGCUUCGAAGAGUAAAGGUGGUAGCGGGGCUAGUUCGAGGACUGGAACUCCUGUGCAGAACUCGUGGGUGAGCAAGUCUAUCUAUGCUGCUCUUGAUGGUGAUGGGGUGAAGAAGGAGCGCGAGCGCUUAGUUCUGAGAUCUGGUGUCGGGGUAGGAAAGUCUUUGCGUGCGAAGACCCCUGCGACUGAGGUUGUUGAUGAUUGGGAAGAGGCUGAGGAGAAGGAGGAGAAAGAGGAAGCAGCAGGACUGGAACAGGGUCAGGAUCAGGAUCAGGAAAAGGCUAUCAGUGAGGACCCUGAGGACACUGAAGGAAAGCCUGAACUUGCUCCUGAGACCGAGGCCCCGACGGAAGAUUGCCCCACUCAGGCUGAGGCAUCUGUUACAGAUGAUGUACCGGUCUAA